AUGGCACAAGACGAGAUUCGAAGGCUUACUGGCAAGCUCACUCGGCAAGACGAGCGCAUUGAGGAGCUGCGCGACAUCCACCGGCUGGAGUCGAAGUCCCAAUCAGACCAGAUUGACAAGCUGAAGGCGCAGAUCGAAGAGGCCGAGAAGCUCCUCAAGGCCGCACAGAGCGCCACAGCACAGAUCGAGCAGGAGUCCGCAAAGCGGAAAGCGGAGAUCGACCGGCUGCACGGCGAGGUCGAGCGCGCGACUGGCUCCGCGAAGGACGAAGAGGAGAAGCGCACCAAGGCGAUCACGCUGUUGAAGACCGUGCGCCAAAAGCUCGUCAAAGCGGAGAAGGAGCGCGACGAUGCGGUGAAGGAGGUCGGCACCGUAAGGGAGGCUGAGAAGGCGGAACGCGAGAAGGAGAGAGCGGAGAGGGUGCGGCUGCAGGGGGAGAUCGAGAAGGCGAACGCAGAGCGAGAGACUGCGGUGCAAGGUCUGAGGGCGCAGUUCGACAAGGAGGUCGCAGGCUUGAAGGAAAAGCACGAGAAGGAAAUCGCUGCUCUGCGCGGGCAGUUCGAACUAGAGGCGAUCACCACCAAGACCACCCACGUCAGGGAGAUCGAGAACAAGAAAAACCGCAUCUCAGACCUGGAAAGCCGGGUCAAGACCCUCUCUGAGGAGAAGGACGAGCUCUUCGACCAGCUUCAACUCCGCCAAGCUGAGCUUGAGUCCUCGCAGUCCGCGCUCGAGUCCCUCCAAGGGCAGAACACCGAGCUGCAGUACCAGUUGCGCGAGGCAAACGACCGCACCGCACUCAUGCAGGACGAGUUUUCCGACGUCCGGCGCGAGCAGGAUGUCCGGGUGCUCUCCCCGGGGCCCUCCGCGGAGGACGUGGCGCGGCUGCUCGCGUCCGCCGAGUCCAAGUACGAGUCCAAGAUGGGCGACCUGCGGAGGCGGCUCGCGGAGGCCGAGCGCGAGCGCGACGAGGCGGAUGCCCGCUGGAGCAGGAAGUUCGCGGAGCGCGCGAAGGAGGUGGAUGAGCUGACCGCGGCUAUUCGCUCGUCGCAGCAGAGCAAGGAGGAGGAUACGGAGGGCAGGCAGGCGUUGCAGGCGCAGGUUGAGGCGUUGCAGGCCGAGAUUCGCGUGUAUCAGCAGCAGAUUGCGGGUCUCCAUGGGGAGCUGGAGAAGGCCGCUGAACUCGAGGUAUCUGCGAAGACCCAGCUUGCCGAGAUCGCGUCGAAGACUGCGGACCUGCAACAACAUGUGGACGAGAGCAAGAACCGUGAGGCGCAGCUCCGCGCUCAGAACAAGACCCUACGCGAAGAGCUUCGGAAGGUGCAAUCUUCCGUUGCCUUGCUAGAGAAGCAACGCAACCCUGGCGUUGGCUACUGGGCGGCGCGCAACGAGAGCACGUCGGAACUCCGGUCUCCUAGGUCCUCGGUGUCCGACCUUGCUCGGGAAACGCCCUCGCGGCCGUCGACUCCUACGGCCACGAAGUCCGACGAAGAGGUCAACUUUGAAUAUCUGCGCAACAUCAUCAUGCAAUUCCUGGAGCACAAGGAGAUGCGGCCGCACCUUGUGCGCAUCCUAUCGACGAUACUGCAUUUCACUCCACAGGAGACCCGGAGGCUCAUUUCAAAAGUCUAA